AUGCCAUUACUCCUCGCUUUCCUUUAUUACUUUGUCUGCAGUUCUUUUGCAUUUUCUUUGUUCAUCUGCCACCCAAAAAUACCAUUACUCCUCCUUUUCCUUUAUUACUUUGUCUGCGAUUCUUGCAGUUUUUUCUUUGUUCGUCUGCCACCCAAAAUGCCAUUAAUUCUCCUUUUUCCUUUAUUACUUUGUCUGCGUUCUUGCAAUUUUCUUUGUUCAUCUGCCACCCAAAAUGCCAUUACUCCUCGCUUUCCUUUAUUACUUUGUCUGCGAGUUCUUGCAGUUUUCUUUGUUCGUCUACUACCCAAAAUACCAUUAUUCUCAUUUUCCUUUAUUACUUUGUCUGCGAGUUCUUGCAGUUUUCUUUGUUCGUCUACACCCAAAAUACCAUUACUCCUCCUUUCCCUUUAUUACUUUGUCUGCAGAGUUCUUGCAAUUUUCUUUGUUCAAAUCUUCCACCCAAAAUACCAUUACUCCUCCUUUCCUUUAUUACUUUGUCUGCGAGUUCUUGCAAUUUUCUUUGUUCGUCUGCCACCCAAAAUACCAUUACUCCUCCCUUUCCUUUAUUACUUUGUCUGCGUUCUUACAAUUUUCUUUGUUCAUCUGCCACCCCAAAAAUGCAUUAUUUCUCGUUUUUCCUUUAUUACUCUGUCUGCGAAGUUCUUGCAGUUUUUCUUUGUUCAUCUGCCACCCAAAUGCCAUUACUCCUCCUUUCCUUUAUUACUUUGUCUGCGCGUUCUUGCAGUUUUUCUUUGUUCGUCUGCCACCCAAAAUGCCAUUAAUCCCUCAUUUUUCCUUUAUUACUUUGUCUGCGAUUUCUUGCAGUUUUCUUUUGUUCGUCUGCCACCCAAAAAAUGCCAUUACCCCUCGAUUUCCUUUAUUACUUUGUCUGCGAGUUCUUGCAAUUUUUCUUUGUUCACCAGCCACCCAAAUACCAUUAUUCAUCUGUUUCCUUUAUUACCUUGUCUGCGUUCUUGUAAUUUUCUUUUGUUCAUCUGCCACCAAAAUCUCAUGCGUAUCUUUCCUUUAUUACUUUUGUUGCGUUCUUGCAUUUUCUUAACCCUGAUCAAAUACCAUUUUUCUUUUAAGCGUUCUGCUGUGUCCGUUUUCUUUGUUCAUCUGCCACCCAAAGUUGCAUUAUUUCUCGCUUUUACGCUACUUUUUCUCUACUUGUUUUUUUGUUCGUCUGCAUGCAUGCUAUUUAUUUCCUUUUUACUUUGUCUGCAGUUCUUGCAUUCUUGCAAUUUUCUUUAUUCAUCUACCACCCAAAAUACCAUUCUUUCAUUUCCUUUAUUACUUUGUCUGCGCAUUCUUGCAAUUUCUUUAUUCGUCUGCCCACCCAAAUACCAUUACUCCCUCUUUCACCCUUUAUUACUUUGUCUGCAUUCUUGCAAUUUUCUUUUUUCAUCUGCCACCAAAAACCAUUCUCCUCGCUUUCCUUUAUUACUUUGUCUGCAAUUCUUGCAAUUUUCUUUGUUCAUCUGCCACCCAAAAUACCAUUAUUUCUCAUUUUCCUUUAUACUCUGUCUGCGAAUUCUUGCAAUUUUCUUUUGUUCAUCUUACCACCCAAAAAUGCCAUUAUUUCUCCCCUUUCCUUUAUUACUUUGUCUGCGAAAUUCUUGCGAAUUUUUCUUUGUUCGUCUGCCACCCAAAAUACCAUUAUUUCUCGCUUUCCUUUAUUACUUUGUCUGCAGUUCUUUUGCAAUUUUUCUUUGUUCGUCUGCCACCCAAAAUACCAUUACUCCUCGCUUUCCUUUAUUACUUUGUCUGCAGUUUCUUGCAGUUUCUUUUUCGUCUGCCACCCAAAAUACCAUUAUUUCUCCUUUCCUUUAUUUUUGUCACUUUUGCAUUUUCUUUGUUCUGCCACCCAAAAUACCAUUAUUUCCUCGUUUUCUUGUCUGCAGUUCUUGCUUUUUUAUUCAUCUACCACCCAAAAUACUUAUUCUCCUUUCCUUUAUUACUUGUCUGCGAAAUUAUUGCAAUUUUCUUUUAUUCGUCUGCCACCCAAAUACCAUUACUCCCAUUUUCCUUUAUUACUCUGUCUGCAAUUCUUGCAAUUUUCUUUUUCGUCUGCCACCCCAAAUACCAUUACUCUCACUUUCCUUUAUUACUUUGUCUGCAAUUCUUGCAAUUUUUUCUUUGUUCGUCUACCAAAAAAAAUACCCUUCUUUCUCAUUUUCCUUUAUUACUUUGUCUGCAUUCUUGCAAUUUUCUUUUUUCGUCUGCCACCCAAAAUACCAUUACUCCUCAUUUUCCUUUAUUACUUUGUCUGCGCGUUCUUGCAGUUUUCUUUGUUCAUCUGCCACCCAAAAUGCCAUUAUUUCUCGCUUUCCUUUAUUACUUUGUGUGCGAGUUCUUGCAGUGCCUAACAUUUCGUCUACCACCCAAAAUGCCAUUAAUUCUCGCUUUCCUUUAUUACUUUGUCUGCGAGUUCUUGCAGUUUUUUCUUUGUUCGUCUGCCACCCAAAAAUUAUUUCUCAUUUCCUUUUAUUACUUUGUCUUUCCUUUCUUACUUUGUCUGCUGCAGUUCUUGCAGUUUUUCUUUGUUCAUCUGCCACCCAAAAUGCCAUUACUCCUCCCUUUCCUUUAUUACUUUGUCUGCAAGUUCUUGCAGUUUUCUUUGUUCAUCUGCCACCCAAAUACCAUUACUCCUCGCUUUCCUUUAUUACUUUGUCUGCAGUUCUUGCAGUUUUCUUUGUUCGUCUGCCACCCAAAAUGCCAUUACUCCUCCUUUCCUUUAUUACUUUGUCUGCAGUUCUUGCAAUUUUCUUUGUUCGUCUGCCACCCAAAUACCAUUACUCCUCAUUUUCCUUUAUUACUUUGUCUGCAGUUCUUGCAGUUUUCUUUGUUCGUCUGCCCACCCAAAAUGCCGUUACUCCUCGCUUUCCUUUAUUACUUUGUCUGCAAAUUCUUGCAGUUCUUUGUUCAUCUGCCACCCAAAAAUACCAUUAUUUCUCGCUUCCUUUAUUACUUUUGUGUGCAAUUCUUGCAAUUUUUGUUCGUCUUGCCACCCAAAGCCAGCUUCUCCUCCUUUCCUUUAUUACUUUGUCUGCAAGUUCUUGCAAUUUCUUUGAUCGUCUGCCACCAAAAUACCAUUACUCCUCGCUUUUCCCUUUAUUACUUUGUCUGCGAGUUCUUGCAGUUUUUUCUUUGUUCAUCUGCCACCAAAAGCCAUUACUGCUCGCUUUCUGCUUCUUUUACUUUGUCUGCGAUUUCUCUUUCCUUUAUUUUUGUCUGCAGUUCUUGCAAUUUCUUUUAUUCCUGCUACAAAAUACCAUUACUCUCCUUUCCUUUAUUACUUUGUCUGCAGUUCUUGCAAUUUUCUUUAUUCGUCUGCCACCAAAUACAUUACUCCCUCCCUUUCCUUUACUUUGUCUGCAAGUUCUUUGCAAUUUUCUUUGUUCGUCUACUACCCAAAAAUGCCAUUACUCCUCCUUUUCUUUAUUACUUUGUCUGCAGUUCUUGCAGUUUUUCUUUGUUCAUCUGCCACCCAAAAUACCAUUAUUUUCGCUUUCCUUUUGUUACUUUGUCUGCGAAGUUCUUGCAGUUUUUUCUUUGUUAGUCUACCACCCAAAUGCCAUUACUCCUCACUUUCCUUUAUUACUUUGUCUGCGAGUUCUUGCCAGUUCUUUGUUUCUGCCACCAAAAAUACCAUUACUCCUCGCUUUCCUUUAUUACUUUGUCUGCAGUUCUUGCAAUUUUCUUUGUUCGUCUGCCACCCAAAUGCAUUACUCCUCGCUUUCCUUUAUUACUUUGUCUGCAGAGGUUCUUGCAGUUUUUCUUUGUUCAUCUGCCACCCAAAAAAGCCAUUAUUUCUCCUUUUCCUUUAUUACUUUGUCUUCUUGCAGUUCUUUGCAUCUAUUUCUUUGUUCGUCUUUGCCACCUUGCAAAAUUGUACGUUCUCACUACUCUCCUUUCCUUACUUUGUCUGCGAGUUCUUGCCUUUUUUCCCUGCCACCAAAAAUUUAUUUCUCCUUUCCUUUUAUUACUUUGUCUGCGAGUUUUCUUUUUCUUUGUUCGUCUGCCACCCAAAAUACCAUUAUUUCUCAUUUCCUUUAUUACUUUGUCUGCGAGUUCUUGCAGUUUUCUUUGUUCGUCUGCCACCCAAAAAUACCAUUACUUUACUCGCUUUCCUUUAUACUUUGUCUGCGAGAUUGUUGCAGUUUUUUUUUGUUCAUCUGCCACCCAAAAUUACCAUUACUCCUCCACUUUCUUUUAUUACUUUGUCUGCGAGUUCUUGCAGUUUUCUUUGUUCGUCUGCCACCAAAAAUGCCAUUACUCCUCUUUUCCUUUAUUACUUUGUCUGCGAGUUCUUGCAGUUUUCUUUUUCGUCUGCCACCCAAAAAAACUCCUCGCCAUUACUUUGUCUCGUUCUUUUUCUUUAUUACUGUCUCUGCGAUUUCUUGCAGUUUUCUUUGUUCGUCUGCCACCCAAAAUACUCAUUAUUUCUCAUUUUUCUUUGUUCGUCUACUUUGUCUGCUUUCACUUCUUUGUCAAUUUUCUUUGUUCGUCUGCCACCCAAAAUACCAUUAUUCCCCCUUUUUCCUUUAUUACUUUGUCUGCAGUUCUUGCAAUUUUCUUUGUUCGUCUGCCACCCAAAAGCCAUUUCCUUUACUUUUCUCGCUUUCCUUUGUUUCCCCUUUUUUAUUACUUUGUCUGCAGUUCUUGCAGUUUUUCUUUAUUCGUCUGCCACCCAAAAUGCCAUUAUUUCUCCUUUCCUUUUUGUCUGCGAUUUCUUGCAGUUUUCUUUGUUCGUCUGCCACCCAAAAUGCCAUUACUUCUCCUUUCCUUUAUUACUUGUCUACGUUCUUGCAGUUUUUCUUUGUUCGUCUGCCACCCAAAAUUUUAUUUCUCGCUUUCCUUUAUUACUUUCUUUCUUGCAGUUUUCUUUGUCAUCUGCCACCCAAAAUGCCAUUGUUCUCCCUUUCCUUUAUUACUUUGUCUGCAAGUUCUUACAUUUUCUUUGUUCCUCUGCCACAAAACUCCUCUUUCCUUGUUACUUUGUCUGCAGUUCUCACAGUUUUCUUUGUUCAUUACUCUCCUUUCCUUUAUUACUUUGUCUUGCAGUUCUUGCAAUUUUUUCUUUAUUCAUCUGCCACCAAAAACCAUUAUUUCAUUUUCCUUUAUUACUUUGUCUGCAAUUCUUGCAAUUUUCUUUGUUCAUCUACAAAUACCAUUACUCCUCUUUCCUUUAUUACUUUGUCUGCAGUUCUUGCAGUUUUUCUUUGUUCGUCUGCCAAAAAUACCAUUAUUCCUCAUUUUCCUUUAUUACCUUUGUCUGCGAAGUUCUUGCAAUUUUCUUUGUUCGUCUGCCACCCAAAAUACCAUUACUCUCCUUUCCUUCUUUGUCUCCAGUUCUUGCAGUUUUUCUUUGUUCACCCAAAUGCAUUUCCUCGCUUUCCUUUAUUACUUUGUCUGCUGAGUUUCUUUUUCUUUUUUCGUCUGCCACCCAAAAAUGCCAUUACUCCUCGCUUUCCUUUAUUACUUUGUCUGCAGUUCUUGCAGUUUUCUUUGUUCGUCUGCCACCAAAAAAUGCCAUUACUUCUCCUUUCCUUUAUUCCUUUGUCUGCCACUAAAAAGUUCUUUUCACAUUACUUUGCAAUUUUUUUUUCUUUGUUCGUCUGCCACCAAAAUGCCAUUAUUUCUCCUUUUCCUUUAUUACUUUGUCUGCGAAGUUCUUGCAUUUUCUUUGUCUGCCACCCAAAUUGCACCAUUACUCCUCAUUUUCCUUUAUUACUUUGUCUGCAAUUCUUGCAAUUUUCUUUAUUCAUCUGCCAAAAUACCAUUAUUCUCCUUUCCUUUAUUACUUUGUCUGCGAGUUCUUGCAGUUUUUCUUUAUUCUCUGCCACCAAAAAUGCCAUUACUCCUCACUUUCCUUUAUUACUUUGUCUGCAAUUCUUGCAGUUUUCUUUGUUCGUCUGCCACCAAAAUGCCAUUAUUUCUCCUUUCCUUUAUUACUUUGUCUGCAGUUCUUGCAAUUUUCUUUGUUCCUCUGCCACCCAAAAAGCCAUUACUCCUCGCUUUCCUUUAUUACUUUGUCUGCGAUUUUCUUGCAGUUUCUUUGUUCGUCUGCCACCAAAAAUACCAUUAUUUCUCCCCUUUCCUUUAUUACUUUUGUCUGCGAAGUUCUUGCAGUUUUUCUUUCAUUCGUCUGCCACCAAAAUGCCAUUACUCCUCGCUUUCCUUUAUUACUUUGUCUGCAGUUCUUGCAGUUUUCUUUGUUCCUCUGCCACUAAAAAGCCACUCCUCGCUUUCCUUUAUUACUUUGUCUGCAGAAGUUCUUGCAAUUUUCUUUGUUCGUCUGCCACCAAAAAAUACCGGCCUCACUCCUUUAUUACUCUUUGUUCGUUUCCUUUCUCCUUUCUAACUUUAACCCUUUGUCUGCAAGUUCUUGCAAUUUUCUUUGUUCCUCUGCCACCCAAAAUACCAUUACUCCUCUUUCCUUUGUUACUUGUCUGCGAGUUCUUGCAAUUUUCUUUGUUCAUCUACCACCCAAAAUACCAUUUCUCGCUUUCCUUUAUUACUUUGUCUGCAGUUCUUGCAGUUUUUCUUUGUUCGUCUGCCACCCAAAUACCAUUACUCUCACUUUCCUUUAUUACUUUGUCUGCAGAAAUUCUUGCAGUUUUUCUUGUUCGUCUGCCACCCAAAAUGCCUUACUCCUCGCUUUCCUUUAUUACUUUGUCUGCGAAUUCUUGCAAUUUUCUUUGUUCAUCACCACCCAAAAAUACCAUUACCACUCUUUCCUUUAUUACUUUGUCUGCAGUUCUUGCAGUUUCUUUGUUCGUCUGCCACCCAAAAUGCCAUUUCUCGCUUUCCUUUAUUACUUUGUCUGCAGUUCUUGCAGUUUUUCUUUGUUCAGAUUCUUGCAGUUUUCUUUAUUUCGUCUGCCAAAAUACCAUUAUUCCCUCCCUUUCCUUUAUUACUUUGUCUGCGAAGUUCUUGCAGUUUUCUUUGUUCCUCUGCCACCCAAAAUACUCUUAUUUUCUUUAUUACUUUGUCUGCAAUUCUUGCAUUUCUUUGUUCGUCUGCCACCAAAAUUUCUCCUCGCUUUCCUUUUACUUUGUUUCUUGCAGUUUCUUUAUUCCUGCCACCAAAAUACCAUUAUUUCUACUCAAAAUACUUUCCUUUAUUACUUUGUCUGCAAUUCUUGCAGUUUUCUUUGUUCGUCUGCCACCCAAAAUACCAUUACUCCUCGCUUUCCUUUAUUACUUUUGUCUGCAGUUCUUGCAGUUUUCUUUGUUCGUCUGCCACCAAAAAUACCAUUUAUUUCUCGCUUUCCUUUUAUUGCUUUGUCUGCGAAGUUCUUGCAGUUUUCUUUGUUCGUCUGCCACCCAAAAUGCCAUUAUUUCUCGCUUUCCUUUGUUACUUUGUCUGCAGUUCUUGCAGUUUUUCUUUGUUCCUCUGCCACCCAAAAUGCCAUUAUUUCUCGCUUUCCUUUAUUACUUUGUCUGCAGUUCUUGCAGUUUUUCUUUUUCAUCUACUCUGCAAAAUACCAUUAUUUCUCUUUCCUUUAUUACUUUGUCUGCAAGUUCUUGCAUUUUCUUUGUUCAUCUGCCACAAAAAUACCAUUAUUUCUCCCCUUUAUUACUUUGUCUGCAAUUCUUGCACUUUGUUCGUCCACAAAAAUACCAUUAUUUCUCUUUCCUUUAUUACUUUGUCUGCAAUUCUGCAAUUUUCUUUAUUCAUCUACCACCCAAAAUACCAUUACUCCUCUUUCCUUUAUUACUUUUGUCUGCAGUUCUUGCAAUUUCUUUGUUCAUCUACCAUCAAAAAUACCAUUUCUCACUUUCCUUUAUUACUUUGUCUGCAGAGUUCUUGCAGUUUUCUUUGUUCGUCUGCCACCCAAAAUGCCAUUAUUUCUCACUUUCCUUUAUUACUUUGUCUGCGAGUUCAUUGCAGUUUUCUUUGUUCGUCUGCCACCCAAAAAUGCCAUUACUCCUCAUUUCCUUUGUUUUUGUCUCGAAGUUUUUUCUUUGUUCCUCACCACCACCCAAAUAUUUCUCGCUUUCCUUUACUUUGUCUGCGAGUUCUUGCAGUUUUCUUUGUUCGUCUGCCACCCAAAAUGCCAUUAUUCCUCGCUUUCCUUUAUUACUUUGUCUGCAGUUCUUGCAGUUUCUUUGUUCCUCUACCAAUAAAAUCCAUUACUUCUCUUUCCUUUAUUACUUUGUCUGCAGGCUCUUGCAAUUUCUUUCGUUCUACUGCCACCAAAUUACUCUCUUUCUUUUAUUACUUUGUCUUGCAGGGUCUUACAAUUUUUCUUUGUUCGUCUGCCACCAAAAAUACCAUUACCCUCACUUUCUCUUUCUUGCAAUUUUCUUUGUUCAUCUACUUUGUCUCCAGCGAUUUCUUGCAAUUUUCUUUGUUCGUCUGCCACCCAAAAAUACCAUUAUUUCUCACUUUCGCUAUUACUUCUCAAUUUUCUUUCUUCGUCUGCCACCAAAAUUUCUCCUCCCUUUCCUUUGUACUUUGUCUGCAGUUCUUGCAAUUUUCUUUGUUCCUCUGCCACUAAAAAAAGCAUGUUUCUCUUUUCCUUUAUUACUUUUGUCUGCAAGUUCUUGCAAUUUUUUCUUUUGUUCGUCUGCCACCCAAAUACCAUUCUCCUCGCUUUUCCUUUAUUACUUUGUCUGCGUGAUCUUGCAGUUUUCUUUGUUUCUCUACCACCCAAAAGCCAUUAUUUCUCGCUUUCCUUUAUUACUUUGUCUGCGAGUUCUUGCAGUUUUCUUUGUUCCUCCACCAAAAUGCCAUUAUCCUCGCUUUUCCUUUAUUACUUUGUCUGCAGUUCUUGCAAUUUUCUUUUUGUUCCAUCUGCUCCUCCUAAAAAUACCAUUUCCUCUACUUUCCUUUUCCUUUAUUACUUUGUCUGCAGUUUCUUGCAGUUUUCUUUCUUCAUCUGCCACCCAAAUCCUCACUUUCCUUUAUUAUUUCUCGCAAAAGUUCCUCCUUUUCAUUACCACUUUGUCUGCUUUCCUUUAUUACUGUUCUUGCAGUUUUCUUUGUUCGUCUACAAAGCAAAAUUAUUAUUUCCUCCUUUCCUUUAUUUUCUUUGUCUGCAAAAUUUGCAAUUUUUACUUUGUUCGUCUUUGGUUUUCACCAAAAAAAUACAUUCUCCUCCUUUCCCUUUAUUACUUUGUCUGCGAGUUUCUUGCAAUUUUCUUUUGUUCGUCUACCACCAAAAAUACCAUUAUUCCUCCCUUUCCUUUAUUACUUUUGUCUGCAGUUCUUGCAAUUUUCUUUGUUCUCUGCCACCUAAAUGCCAUUACCCUCACUUUCCUUUAUUACUUUGUCUGCGAGUUCUUGCAGUUUUCUUUCUUCGUCUGCCACCCAAAUACCAUUAUUUCUCGCUUUCCUUUAUUACUUUGUCUGAUUCUUGCAAUUUUUCUUUGUUCGUCACCUGCCAAAAAAUGCCAUACUCCUCCUUUCCUUUAUUACUUUUGUCUGCGAGUUCUUGCAGUUUUCUUUGUUCAUCUGCCACCCAAAAUACCAUUAUCUCCUUUCCUUUGUUACUUUGUCUGCGAGUUCUUGCAAUUUUUCUUUGUUCAUCUGCCACCCAAAAAUGCCAUUAUUUCUCCUUUCCUUUAUUACUUUUGUCUGCAGUUCUUGCAAUUUUUCUUUGUUCGUCUGCCACCCAAAAUACCAUUAUUUCUCCCUUUCCUUUAUUACUUUGUCUGCAGUUCUUGCAAUUUUCUUUGUUCCUCUGCCACCCAAAAAUACCAUUAUUUCUCAUUUCCUUUAUUACUUGUCUGCAAUUCUUGCAGUUUUUCUUUAUUCAUCUGCCACCCAAAAAUACCAUUACUCCUCCUUUCCUUUAUUACUUUGUCUCCGAAAUUCUUGCAAUUUUCUUUGUUCGUCUACCACCAAAUACCAUUAUUUCUCUUUUCCUUUAUUACUUUGUCUGCAGUUUCUUGCAGUUUUCUUUGUUCAUCUACCACCCAAAAUGCCAUUAUUUCUCCUUUCCUUUAUUACUUUGUCUGCAGUUCUUGCAGUUUUCUUUGUUCAUCUGCCACCCAAAAUACCAUUACUCCUCCUUUCCUUUAUUACUUUGUCUGCAGUUCUUGCAGUUUUCUUUGUUGUCUGCCACCCAAAAUACCAUUACUCUCGUUUUCCUUUAUUACUUUGUCUGCAGUUCUUGCAAUUUUUCUUUGUUCGUCUGCCACCCAAAAAUACCAUUAUUCUCCUUUCCUUUAUUACUUUGUCUGCAGUUCUUGCAAUUUUCUUUGUUCGUCUACCACCAAAAUACCAUUAUUUCUCCUUUCCUUUAUUACUUUGUCUGCAAUUCUUGCAAUUUUCUUUAUUCAUCUGCCACCCAAAAAUACCAUUACUCCUCUUUCCUUUAUUACUUUGUCUGCAAUUCUUGCAAUUUUUCUUUGUUCGUCUGCCACCCAAAUGCCAUUAUUCCUCAUUUUCCUUUAUUACUCUGUCUGCAUUCUUGCAAUUUUCUUUGUUCAUCUACCACCCAAAAAAUACCAUUAUCCUCAUUUCCUUUAUUACUUUGUCUGCGAAUUCUUGCAAUUUUCUUUAUUCAUCUACCCAAAAAUACCAUUCUCUCGCUUUCCUUUAUUACUUUGUCUGCAGUUCUUGCAAUUUUCUUUGUUCGUCUGCCACCCAAAAAUACCAUUAUUUCUCUCUUUCCUUUAUUCUUUGUCUCUGUUCUUGCAAUUUUUCUUUGUUCAUCUGCCACCCAAAUACCAUUACUCCUCCUUUCCUUUAUUACUUUGUCUGCAGGGUUCUUGCAGUUUUCUUUGUUCGUCUGCCACCAAAAAUCCAUUACUCCUCGUUUUCCUUUAUUCACUUUGUCUGCGCGUUCUUGCAGUUUUCUUUGUUCGUCUGCCACCCAAAAUACCAUUAUUUCUCCCUUUCCUUUGUACUUUGUCUGCAAUUCUUGCAAUUUUUCUUUGUUCGUCUACCACCCAAAAUACCAUUUACUCUCCUUUCCUUUUAUUACUUUGUCUGCGCAUUCUUGCAAUUUUCUUUAUUCGUCUACCACCAAAAUACCAUUACUCCUCACUUUCCUUUAUUACUUUGUCUGCAAUUUCUUGCAGUUUUCUUUUGUUCGUCUGCCACCAAAAUACCAUUAUUUCUCUCUUUCCUUUAUUACUUUGUCUGCAGUUCUUGCAAUUUUCUUUGUUCGUCUGCCACCCAAAAUACCAUUCUCCUCAUUUUCCUUUAUUACUUUGUCUGCAGAGACUUGCAAUUUUCUUUGUUCGUCUGCCACCCAAAAUACCAUUCUCCUCGUUUUCCUUUAUUACUUUGUCUGCGAGUUCUUGCAGUUUUCUUUUUCGUCUGCCACCCAAAAUGCCAUUACUCUCCUUUCCUUUAUUACUUUGUCUGCAGUUCUUGCAGUUUUCUUUGUUCGUCUUCCACAAAAUACUUACUCUCAUUUUCCUUUAUUACUUUGUCUGCAGUUCUUGCAGUUUUCUUUAUUCAUCUGCCACCCAAAUACCAUUAUUUCUCCCUUUCCUUUAUUACUUUGUCUGCAGUUCUUGCAGUUUUCUUUGUUCGUCUGCCACCCAAAAUACCCCCUUUCUCGUUUUUCUUUAUUACUUUGUCUGCGCAUUCUUGCAAUUUUCUUUGUUCAUCUACCACCCAAAAUGCCAUUACUCCUCAUUUUUCACUUUACUUGUCUGCAAUUCUUGCAAUUUUCUUUGUUCAUCUACCACCCAAAAACCAUUACUCUCGUUUUCCCUUUAUUACUUUUGUCUGCAGUUCUCUUGCAGAUUUUUUUUUUGUUCGUCUGCCACCCAAAAUGCCAUUUCCUCAUUUUCCUUUAUUACUUUGUCUGCAGUUCUUGAGAUUUUUCUUUGUUCGUCUGCCCAAAAAUGCCAUUUUCUCAUUUUUCUUUAUUACCUUGUCUGCAAUUCUUGCAGUUUUUUUAUUCAUCUGCCACCUAAAAUGUCAACUGCUUCUCUUUUUCCGUUGAGUCCACUUUGUCUUAACCCUGAUCAAGUUUUCUUUGUUCGCUCUGCCACCCAAAAAAUCCAUUGCCUCUCCGCUUUCCUUUUUCUUACUUUGUUCUAUCACAUUCUUGCAAUUUUCUUUGUAUUCUUGUUCCACUUUUCUUUUGUUCGUCUGCCACCCCCAAAUUUCAAAAUACUAACGUUUUCCUUUGGAUGGCAGCUUUGUCUGCGAGUUCUUGCAGUUUUCUUUGUUCCUCUGCCACCUAAAAUGCCAUUAUUUCUCCCCUUCCUUUAUUACUUUGUCUGCAGGUUCUUGCAGUUUUCUUUGUUCAUCUGCCACCCAUCACCAUUCUCCUCAUUUUCCUUCUUAUUGUCUGCGAGUUCUUGCAAUUUUCUUUGUUCAUCUGCCACCCAAAAAUACCAUUAUUCCUCCUUUUCCUUCUUACUGUGUCCGAGUUCUUGCAGUUUUUCUUUGUUCAUCUGCCACCCAAAAUGCCAUUAUUUCUCCGCUUUCCUUUAUUACUUUGUCUGCAGUUCUUGCAAUUUUCUUUGUUUCUCUGCCACCCAAAAAUACCAUUAUUCUCCCUUUCCUUUAUUACUUUGUCUGCAGUUCUUUGCAGUUUUUCUUUGUUCCUCUACCACCCAAAAAUACCAUUAUUUCUCAUUUCCUUUAUUACUGUCUGCAGUUCUUGCAGUUUUCUUUGUUCAUCUGCCACCCAAAAAUACUACAUUAUUUCUCUUUCCUUUAUUACUUUGUCUCCGAGUUCUUGCAAUUUUCUUUGUUCGUCUACCACCCAAAAUACCAUUACUUCUCGUUUUCCUUUAUUACUUUGUCUGCAGUUCUUGCAAUUUUCUUUGUUCAUCUGCCACCCAAAAUGCCAUUAUUUCUCUUUCCUUUAUUACUUUUGUCUGCGAGUUUCUUGCAGUUUUUUUCUUUGUUCCUCUGCCACCCAAAUGCCAUUAUUUCUCGCUUUCCUUUAUUACUUUGUCUGCGAGUUCUUGCAGUUUUUUACUGUUCCUCUGCCACCCAAAAUGCCAUUAUUCUCGUUUUCCUUUAUUACUUUGUCUGCGAAGUUGCAAUUUUCUUUGUUCGUCUACCCAAAAUGCCAUUAUUUCCUUUUCCUUUGUUACUUUUUGUCUGCAGGAUUCUUGCAGUUUUUCUUUGUUCAUCUACCACCCAAAAUACCAUUACUUUUCCUUUAUUACUUUGUCUUUGUUCGUUUUCUUUUUCAUCCCACCACCCAAAAUACCAUUAUUUCUCCUUUCCUUUAUUACUUUGUGUGCAAAAUUCUUGCAAUUUUCUUUAUUCAUCUGCCACCCAAAAAUACCAUUACUCGCUUUUCCCUUUAUUACUUUGUCUGCAAUUCUUGCAGUUUUCUUUUGUUCAUCUGCCACAAAAUACCAUUAUUUCCCUUUUCCUUUAUUACUUUGUCUGCAGAAGUUCUUGCAGUUUCUUUAUUUCAUCUGCCACCAAAUACCAUUAUUCCUCCUUUUCCCACUAUUACUUUGUCUGCAUUCUUGCAGUUUUUUUUUUUCGUCUCUGCAGCCAAAAUGCCAUUACUUCUCUUUUCCUUUUACUUUGUCUGCAGUUUCUUGCAAUUUUCUUUGUUCCUCUACCACCCAAAAUGCAUUACUCCUCUUUCCUUUAUUACUUUGUCUGCAGUUCUUGCAGUUUUUUCUUUUGUUCAUCUGCCACCUAAAAUACCAUUCCUCCUCGUUUUCCUUUAUUGCUUUGUCUGAAGUUCUUGCAAUUUUUCCCGAUUUCAUCUACCACCCAAAAUUUCUUUUGAUUUCUUUGUUCGUCUACCACCCAAAAAUACCAUUCUUCUCAUUUCCUUUAUUACUUUGUCUGCGAGACACUUGCAAUUUUUUUCUUUAUUCAUCUGCCACCCAAAAUACCAGCCUCCUCAUUUUCUUUAUUACUUUGUCUGCAAAAAUUUCUUACAGUUUUCUUUGUUCAUCUGCCACCCCAAAUGCCAUUUUCCUUUUUGUCUCACUUUUGCAAUUUUCUUUGUUCGUCUACCACCCAAAAUACCAUUACUCCUCGCUUUCCUUUAUUACUUUUUCUACGUUCAUUUUCUUUGUUCAUCUACCCCCAAAAUACCAUUAUUUCUCACUUUCCUUUAUUACUUUGUCUGCAGUUCUUGCAAUUUUCUUUGUUCAUCCUGCCACCCAAAAUACCAUUGUUUUCUUUGUACUCGCUUUGCCUUUAUUUGUUUGUCUGCAAAUGCAUUCUCCUCGCUUUCUUUUAGUUUUGUCUUUCUUGCAGUUUUCUGCCACCCAAAAAUGCCAUUAUUUCUCGUUUUCCUUCAUUACUUUGUGUGCAGUUCUUGCAGUUUCUUUGUUCGUCUAUACACCCAAAAAUGCCAUUAUUUCUCGCUUUCCUUUAUUACUUUGUCUGCAGUUCUUGAUUUCUUUGUUCAUCUGCCACCCAAAAUACCAUUACUUCUCCUUUUCCUUUAUUACUUUGUCUGCAGUUCUUGCAGUUUUCUUUGUUCUCCAUACCAAAAUACCCUUCUCCUCUUUCCUUUAUUACUGUCUGCAAUUCUUACAGUUUUUCUUUCUUCGUCUGCCACCCAAAAUACCAUUAUUUCUCCUUUCCUUUAUGUUUGUCUACAGUUCCACAGUUUCUUUGUUCGUCUGCCACCAAAAAUACCAUUAUUUCUCUUUUCCUUAUUACUUUUGUCUGCGAAAUUCUUGCAAUUUUCUUUGUUCAUCUGCCACAAAAAAUGCCAUUUACUUCUCCUUUCCUUUAUUACUUUGUUCUCUGCGAUUCUUUGUUCAUUUCUUUCGUCCUGCAAAAUACCAUUAUUUCUCUUUUCUUUAUUACUUUUGUCUGCAGUUUCUUGCAGUUUUCUUUCAUCUGCCACCCAAAAUGCAUUAUUUCUCGCUUUCCUUUAUUACUUUGUCUGCAGUUCUUGCAGUUUUCUUUGUUCGUCUGCCACCCAAAAAUGCCAUUACUUUCGCUUUUCCUUUAUUACUUUUGUCUGCAGUUCUUGCAGUUUUCUUUUGUUCGUCUGCCACCCAAAUACCAUUAUUUCUCGCUUUCCUUUAUUACUUUGUCUGCGAGUUCUUUUUGUUUUCUUUGUUCGUCUGCCACCCAAAAUGCCAUUAUUCCUCGUUUUUCCUUUAUUACUUUGUCUGCAGUUCUUGCAGUUUUCUUUUGUUCGUCUGCCACCAAAAAUGCCAUUACUCCUCACUUUCCUUUAUUACUUUGUCUGCAGUUCUUGCAAUUUUUCUUUUGUUCAUCUUCCACCCAAAAUACCAUUAUUCCUCAUUUUCCUUUAUUACUCUGUCUGCAAGUUCUUGCAGUUUUCUUUUCAUCUACCACCCAUGCAUUAUUUCUCCUUUCCUUUAUUACUUUGUCUGCGAAUUCUUGCUGUUUUUCUUUGUUCAUCCACCACCAAAAAAUACCCAUUUCUCCUUUUCUUUAUUACUCUGUCUGCAGCAUUCUUGCAAUUUUUCUUUGUUCAUCUACCACCCAAAAAUACCAUUACUCUCAUUUUCCUUUAUUACUCUGUCUGCAUUUUCUUGCAAUUUUGCUUUGUUCGUCUACCACCCAAAUACCAUUAUUUCUCCUUUUCUUUUAUUGCUUUGUCUGCGGAUUCUUGCAGUUUUUCUUUGUUCGUCUGCCACCCAAAAUGCCAUUUCCCUCGAUUUCCUUUAUUCGCUUUCUCUGCAGUUCUUGCAAUUUUCUCUGUUCGUCAGCCAGCAAAAUGCCAUUAUUCAUCCUUUUCCUUUAUUACCUUGUCUGCGCGUUCUUGCAGUUUUUUUGUUCGUCUACACAAAAAUGUCAUUUACUCCUCUCAUUAAUUUCUUUGUUCAUCUGCCACCCAUUCGUUCAUAUUUCUCGUUUUCCUUUAUUACUUUGUCUUGCUCUUCUUGCAAUUUCUUUGUUCGUCUGCAAAUACCAUUAUUUCUCAUUUCCUUUUUUUUUUUUUUUUUUUCUUGCAAUUUUUUUUCUUUAUUCAUCUGUUCCCCAAAAUUCCAUUAUAAAGAUCACAUUCCUUUAUUACUUUGUCUUGUUCGAGGCCCAGUUUUCUUUGUUCAUCAUUUUCAAAUCGCUAACUCGCUUUCCUUUGCUUACUUUGUCUGCAAUUCUUGCAUUUUCUUUAUUUCGUCUGCCACCAAAAAUACCAUUAAUCCUCCUUUCCUUUAUUACUUUGUCUGCUCAUUCUUGCAGUUUUCUUUGUUCUUCUUGCAGUUUUCUUUGUUCGUCUUGACCACCCAAAAUGCCAUUACUCCUCCUUUCCUUUCAUUACUUUGUUUGCUCGUUCUUGCAUUUUUCUUUGAUAUCUUGCCAUUCAAAAUUUAUUACUUCUCGUUUGUCCUUUAUUUCUUUGUCUGUUCUUUCUUGCAAUUUUCUUUUUUCCUCUGCCACCCAAAAUGCCCAUACUCACUCAUUUUUCUUUUUACUUUGUCUGCAGUUCUUGCAGUUUUGUUUGUUCGCUUUGAAAAUCCCAUUACUCUCAUUUUCCUUCGCUUUAUUACUUUGUCUUUGCUUGUUCUUGAAUUUCUUUCCAUCAUCUCCACCCAAAAUACCAUUACUCUCCUUUCUUCAUUACUUUGUUGCUCGUUCAGUUUUCUUCUGUCCCACCCAAAUACCAUUGCUCUCGCUUUCCUUUCAUUACUUUGUCACUCGUUCUUGCAGUUUUCUUUGUUCCUCUGCCACCAAAAUGCCGUAUUUCUCAUUUUCCUUUAUUACUUUGUCUGCAGUUCUUGCAGUUUUGUUUAUUCAUCUACCACCAAAAUACCAUUAUUUCUCCACUUUCCUUUAUUACUUUUGUCUGCAGUUCUUGCAAUUUUCUUUAUUCAUCUGCCACCCAAAAUACCAUUCUCUCUCUUUCACUUUAUUACUUUGUCUGCAGGCUUUUGCAAUUUCUUUGUUCAUCUACCACCCAAAUGCCAUUACUCCUCACUUUCCUUUAUUACUUUGUCUGCAGUUCUUGCAUUUUCUUUAUUCAUCUGCCACCAAAAUACCUUCUCCCUCAUUUUCCCUUUAUUACUGUGUCUGCAUUCUUGCAGUUUUCUUUGUUCGUCUGCCCCCAAAAAUACAUUAUUUCAUUUUCCUUUAUUACUUUGUCUGCAGUUCUUUGCAGUUUCUUUGUUCCUCUGCCACCCAUGCCAUCUCCUCGCUUUCCUUUUACUUUGUCUGCGAGGUUCUUGCAGUUUUCUUUGUUCGUCUGCCACCAAAAAAUGCCAUGUUUCUCUCUUUCCUUUAUUACUUUGUCUGCAAUUCUUGCAAUUUUCUUUGUUCGUCUGCCACCCAAAAAUACCAUUACUCCUCACUUUUCCUUUAUUACUUUGUCUGCAGUUCUUGCAGUUUUCUUUCUUCAUCUACCACCCAAAUGCCAUUACUCCUCGCUUUCCUUUUACUUUGUCUGCAAUUCUUGCAAUUUUCUUUGUUCGUCUACCACCCAAAAAUACCAUUACUCUCCUUUUCCUUCUUACUUUGUCUGCGCGUUCUUGCAGUUUUCUUUGUUCUCUGCCACCAAAAAUGCCAUUAAUCCUCGUUUUUUUUUUUUCCUUUAUUACUUUGUCUUGGAAGUUCUUGCAAUUUUCUUUGUUCAUCUACCACCCAAAAUACUCCUUCUCUUUCCUUUAUUACUUUGUCUGCGCAUUCUUGCAAUUUUCUUUCGUCUGCCACCCAAAAUACCAUUAUCCUCGCUUUCCUUUAUUACUUUGUCUGAAGUUCUUGCAGUUUUCUUUAUUCUCUACCACCCAAAUGCCUUCAUUCCUCGCUUUUUCUUUAUUACUUUGUCUGCGAGUUCUUUGCAAUUUUCUUUGUUCGUCUGCCACCCAAAAUGCCAUUGUUUCUCGCUUUCCUUUGCUUUGUCUGCGAAGUUCUUGCAGUUUUCUUUGUUCGUCUGCCACCCAAAUACCGUAUUCUCCUUUUCACUUUAUUACUUUGUCUCCAAUUCUUGCCAGUUUCUUUUGUUCAUCUGCCACCCAAAAUGCCAUUUCCUCUUUCGCUAUUACUUUGCAAAAUUCUUGCAAUUUUCUUUUAUUCGUCUGCCACCCAAAAUACCAUUAUUUCUCACUUUCCUUUAUUACUUUGUCUACGAUUUUGCAGUUUUUCUUUUGUUCAUCUGCCACCCAAAAUGUUACUCCUCCUUUCCUUUUGUACUUUGUCUCAAGUUCUUGCAGUUUUUCUUUGUUCGUCUGCCACCCAAAAUACCAUUGUUCCUCGCUUUCCUUUAUUACUUUGUCUGCGGUUCUUGCAGUUUCUUUGUUCGUCUGCCGCCCGUACCAUUGCCUCGCUUUCCUUUAUUACUUUUGUCUGCGCGUUCUUGCAAUUUUCUUUUGUUCGUCUGCCACCCAAAAUACCAUUACUCUCCGUUUUUCCUUUAUUACCUUUGUCUGCGAGUUCUUGCAGUUUUCUUUGUUCCUUCUUGCAAUUUUCUUUGUUCGUCUGCCACCAAAAAUGCCAUUAUUUCUCGCUUUUUUGUCUUUGAUUACUUUGUCCAUCUGCGAGUUCUUAAUCCUCAUUUUUCUUUGUUCCUCUGCCACCCAAAAUACCAUUACUCCUCGUUUUCCUUUAUUACUUUGUCUACAGUUCUUGCAAUUUUUCUUUGUUCGUCUGCCACCCAAAUACCAUUAUUUCUCUUUCCUUUAUUACUUUGUCCACAUUCUUGCAUUUUCUUUGUUCCUCUACCCACCCAAUACCAUUACUCUCACUUCCUUUAUUACUUUGUCUGCAGUUCUUGCAAUUUUCUUUGUUCAUCUGCCACCAAAUACCAUUAUUUCUCCCUUUCCUUUAUUACUUUGUCUGCGAAGUUCUUGCAGUUUUCUCUUUAUUCCUCUACCACCAAAAUACCAUUACUCCUCAUUUUUCCUUUAUUACUUUGUCUACAGAAAUUUCAAUUUUCUUUGUUCAUCUACCACCAAAAUACCAUUAUUCUCCUUUCCUUUAUUACUUUGUCUCCAAUUCUUGCAGUUUUCUUUCCUCUUAUUACUUUUUCACAACCCACUUUGUGCAGUUCUUGCAUUUUCUUUGUUCCUCUGCCACCCAAAAUACCAUUACUUCUCGCUUUUCCUUUAUUACUGUCUGCGAGUUCUUGCAGUUUUCUUUGUUCGUCUGCCACCCAAAAAUGCCAUUAUUUCUCCGCUUUCCUUUAUUACUGUGUGCGAGUUCUUGCAGUUUUCUUUGUUCGUCUGCCCACCCAAAAAUGCCAUUAUUUCUCGCUUUCCUUUAUUACUUUGUCUGCAGGUUCUUGCAGUUUCUUUUGUUCUCUGCACCCAAAAUACCCAUUAUUUCUCGCUUUCCCCUUUAUUACUUUGUCUGCAGUUCUUGCAAUUUUCUUUGUUCGUCACCAUUAAAAUGCAUUAUUUCUCACUUUCCUUUAUUACUUUGUCUGCAGUUCUUGCAGUUUUUUCUUUGUUCUCUUACCCAAAAUGCCAUUACUCCUCCUUUCCCUUUGUUACUUUGUCUGCAGUUCUUGCAAUUUUCUUUGUUCAUCUGCCACCCAAAAUACAUUACUCCUCGCUUUCCUUUAUUACUUUGUCACAGAGUUCUUGCAGUUUUUCUUUGUUCAUCUGCCACCCAAAUCUCCAUUCUUUCUCACUUUCACUUUAUUACUUUCUCUACAAUUUUGCAGUUUUCUUUGUUUCUCUACCACCAAAAUACCAGCUACUCCUCUUUCCUUUAUUAACCCACUUUUGCUCUUUUCCAUUACUCCUCGUUUCCUUUAUUACUUCCGUCGUUCGUUCUCAUUACAUUUUCUUUGUUCAUCUGACACCCUUGCUCGUCUCCUCGCCUUUCCUUCUCAUUACUUUGUCUCCAGUUCUUGCAUUUUCAUUGUUCAUCUGCCACCGUCCAUUAUUUCUCAUUUUCCUUUAUUACUUUGUCUGCAUUCUUAGUUCUUGCAAUUUUCUUUGUUCGUCUGCCACAAAAAUGCCAUUACUCCUCGCUUUCCUUUUUACUUUGUCUGCAGAAUUCUUGCAAUUUUAUUUUUCGUCUGCCACCCAAAAUGCCAUUACUCUCCUUUCACUUUAUUACUUUGUCUGCGAGUUCUUGCAAUUUUCUUUGUUCCUCUGCCACCCAAAAAUACCAUUAUUUCUCCCUUUCCCUUUAUUUGUUUGUCCUGCAAUUCUUGCAAUUUUCUUUGUUCGUCUACCCAAAAUACCAUUCUCCCUCGCUUUCCUUUAUUUUACUUUGUCUGCAGUUCUUUUUUUUUCUUUGUUCAUCUGCCACCCAAAAUACCAUUAUUUCUCACUUUCCUUUGGCCACUUUGUCUCUGCAGUUCUUGCAAUUUUCUUUUUUCUUUGUUCCAUCUGCCACCCAAAAUACCAUUACUCCUCGUUUUCCUUUAUUACUUUGUCUGCAGUUCUUGCAGUUUUCUUUGUUCAUCUGCCACCAAAAUGCCAUUAUUCCUCACUUUCCUUUAUUACUUUGUCUGCGAGUUCUUGCAGUUUUCUUUGUUUCGUCUGCCACCCAAAAUGCCAUUACUCCUCUUUUUCCUUUAUUACUUUUGUCUGCGAGUUCUUUGCAGUUUUCUUUGUUCGUCUGCCACCUAAAAUACCAUUCCUCCCUCAUUUUCCUUUAUUACUUUGUCUGCAGUUCUUGCAAUUUUUCUUUGUUCAUCUACCCAAAUGCCCUUCCUUCCUCAUUUUCCUUUAUUACUGUCUGCAAUUCUUGCAGUUUUCUUUAUUCUCUACCCAAAAUACCAUUCUCUCAUUUUCCUUUAUUACUUUUGUCUGCAAGUUCUUGAAGUUUUCUUUAUUCGUCUCUGCCACCCAAAUACCCUUCUCCCUCAUUUUCCUUUAUUACUUUGUCUGCAAUUCUUGCAAUUUUCUUUGUUCGUCUACCCAAAAUACCCAAAAUACUUUAUUACUUUCUCCCUUUCCUUUAUUACUUUGUCCUUUCCUGCAGUUCUUGCAAUUUUCUUUGUUCAUCUGCCACCCAAAAAUACCAUUAUUUCUCUUUCCUUUAUUACUUUCUGCAGUUCUUGCAGUUUCUUUAGUUUCUUGCAGUUUUCUUUAUUCGUCUGCCACCCAAAAAUACCAUUAUUUCGCUUUUCCUUUAUUAAUUUGUCUUGAGUUCUUUUUGUUUUACUUUGUUCGUCUGCUACCAAAUGCCAUUAUUCCUCCUUUCCUUUAUUACUUUGUCUCUCAGUUCUUGCAGUUUCUUUGUUCGUCUACCACCCAAAAUACCAUUAUUUCUCUUUCCUUUAUUACUUUCCUGCGGAAUUUCUUACCAUUUUCCUUUAUUCCUCCUGCCACCCAAAAUACCAUUCUUUCUCACUUUCCUUUAUUACUUUGUCUGCAGAUUCUUUUUUCUUUGUUCGUCUGCCACCCAAAUACCAUUACUCUCUUUUUCCCUUUGUACUGUUCUCGAAUUCUUGCAAUUUUUCUUUUGUUCUCUACCACCCAAAUACCCAUUAUUUCUUUCCUUUAUUACUUUGUCUGCAGUUGCUUGCAAUUUUCUUUGUUCUCUGCCACCAAAAUACCAUUAUCCUUUUCCUUUUAUUACUUUGUCUCUGCGAGAUUCUUGCAGUUUUUCUUUGUUCCUCUACCACCCAAAAAUGCCAUUAUUUCUCACUUUCCUUUAUUACUUGUCUGCAGUUCUUGCAGUUUUUUCUUUGUUCCUCUGCCACCCAAAAUGCCAUUAUUUCUCGCUUUCCUUUUAUUACUUUGUCUGAGUUCUUGCAGUUUUUCUUUGUUCCUCUGCCACCCAAAAUACCAUUAUUUCUCCUUUUCCUUUAUUACUUUGUCUGCAGUUCUUGCAGUUUUCUUUGUUCGUCUGCCACCCAAAUUUCUCCCAUUACUUUGUCCUCGCUUUCUUUGUUAUUACUUUGUCUGCCUUUAUUUUUCUUGCAGUUUUCUUUUGUUCGUCUGCCACCAAAAUACCAUUACUCCUCUUUCCUUUAUUACUUUGUCUGCAGUUCUUUUGAAAUUUUCUUUGUUCGUCUGCCACCCAAAAUACCAUUACUCCUCGCUUUCCCUUUAUUACUUUGUCUGCGAAAUUUCUUGCAGUUUUUCUUUUGUUCGUCUGCCACCCAAAAUGCCGUUAUCCUCGCUUUCCCUUUAUUACUUUGUCUGCAGGUUCUUGCAGUUUUUCUUUUGUUCGUCUGCCACCAAAUACCAUUAUUUCUCCUUUCCUUUAUUACUUUUGUCUGCAAGUUCUUGCAAUUUCUUUGUUCAUCUGCCACCAAAAAUACCAUUAUUUCUCGCUUUCCUUUAUUACUUUGUCUGCAGUUCUUGCAGUUUCUUUGUUCCUCUGCCACCCAAAUACCAUUACUCCUCCCUUUUCCUUUAUUACUUUGUCUGCAGUUCUUGCAGUUUCUUUAUUCAUCUGCCACCCAAAUACCAUUAUUUCUCAUUUCCUUAUUACUUUGUGUCUUGCAAAAGUUACAAUUUUCUUUUAUUCAUCUGCCACCAAAUACCAUUAUUCCUCACUUUCCUUUAUUACUUUGUCUCGAAGUUCUUGCAGUUUCUUUAUUUCGUCUACCACCAAAAUGCCAUUCUUCUCGUUUUCCUUUAUUACUUUGUCUGCGGAAUUUCUUGCAGUUUUCUUUUGUUCGUUCUGCCACCCAAAAAUGCCAUUACUCCUCUUUUCUUUUAUUACUUUGUCUGCGGUUCUUGCAGUUUUUCUUUGUUCGUCUCACCACCCAAAAAAUUACUCCUCGCUUUCCUUCCCAUUACUUUGUCUUACCUUGAAGUUCUUGCAGUUUUCUUAUUCGUCUACCACCAAAAUACCACCUUUCUCGUUUUCCUUUAUUACUUUUCUACUGCAGUUCUUGCAGUUUUUCUUUAUUCGUCUACCCAAAAUACCAUUGUUCUCGCUUUCCUUUAUUACUUUGUCUGCGAGUUCUUGCAGUUUCUUUGUUCGUCUGCCACCCAAAAUGCCAUUAUUUCUCGCUUUCCUGUUAUUACUUUGUCUGCGGAGUUCUUGCAGUUUCUUUGUUCGCGCAUUCUUGCACCAUUGCUUUUCUUUUGUUGCGAGUUCUUGCAGUUUCAACUUUGUUCGUCUGCAAAAAUACCAUUAAUCCUCAUUUUUCCUUUAUUACUUUGUCUGCGUUCUUUGCAUUUUCUUUUGUUCGUCUGCCACCCAAAUACCAUUACUCCUCCUUUCCUUUUUCCUUCUGCAUUCUUGCACUUUGUCUGCCACCCAAAUGCCAUUCUUGCAGUUUUUCUUUGUUUGUCUGCCAGCAAAAAUCUUUGUUCCAUUAAUCUCGUUUUUCCUUUAUUACUUUGUCUGCGGUUCUUGCAGUUUUUCUUUUGUUCGUCUGCCACCCGUCAUGCCAUUACUCUCGUUUUCCUUUAUUACUUUGUCUGCGAGUUCUUGCAGUUUUUCUUUGUUCGUCCUGCCACCCAAAAUGCCAUUACUCCUCGUUUUUCCGCUAUUACUUUGUCUGCGCGCGUUCUUGCAGUUUUCUUUUUCAUCUACCAAAAUGCCAUUACCCUCAUUUCCUUUAUUACUUGUCUGCAGUUCUUUUUUGAAGUUUUCUUUAUUCAUCUGCCACCCAAAAUACUAAGCCUCCUCCUUUCCUUUAUUACUCUGUCUGCAAGUUCUUGCAAUUUUCUUUGUUCGUCUGCCACCCAAAAUAUAUUACUCUCAUUUCCUUUAUUACUUUGUCUGCGAGUUCUUGCAAUUUUCUUUUGUUCGUCUACCACCAAAAAUACUCCCUCCUUUCCUUUAUUACUUUGUCUGCGAAGUUCUUGCAAUUUCUUUAUUUCAUCUGCAAUGCCAUUACUCUCCCUCCUUUCCUUUAUUACUUUGUCUGCGAAAUUCUUACAAUUUUUUCUUUGUUCGUCUGCCCAAAAAAUACCAUUACUCCUCUUUUCUUUUGUUCGUCUGCCACCCAAAAUGCCAUUAAUCCUCAUUUCCUUUGAUUACUUUGUCUGCGAGUUCUUACAUUUCUUUGUUGUCUUCCACCCAAAAUGCCAUUACUCCUCGUUUUUCCUUUAUUACUCUGUCUUAGAUUCUUGCAGUUUUCUUUGUUCGUCUGCCUUAAAAUUACCUCGCUUUCCUUUGUUUUGUCUUUUUGAGUUCUUGCCUUCUUUGUUCUGCAAUUCCUUAUUACUCUGUCUGCGCGUUCACACCGGUUUCUUUAUUCGUCUGCCACCAAAUACCAUUACUCCUCGUUUUCCCUUUAUUACUUUGUCUGCGUUCUUGCAAUUUUCUUUGUUCGUCUGCCCCCCAAAAAUGCCAUUAUUUCUCAUUUUCCUUUAUUACUGUCUGCUGCAAUUCUUGCAAUUUUUUUUUGUUCUUCUUCGUCCCAAAAUGCCAUUUCCCCUCGCUUUCCUUUAUUCCUUUUGUCUGCGAGUUCUUGCAGUUUUCUUUUGUUCGUCUGCCAGCAAAAAUGCCAUUAAUCUCAUUUCCUUUAUUACUUUGUCUGCAGCAUUCUUGCAAUUUUUUUGUUCGUCUGCCACCAAAAAAUCACCUGACCACACGCAAUUUUUCUUUAUUCAUCUGCCACCCAAAAUACCAUUAUUUCUCCUUUCCUUUAUUACUUUGUUUGCAGAAACCGGUUCAAUUCAGCGAAUUUCUUUAUUCAUCUGCCACCCAAAAUCAUUACUCAUCAGUUCCUUUAUUACUUUGUCUGCAAAGUCUUGCAAUUUUCUUUUCAUCUGCCACCCAAAAUGCCAUUACUCCUCGCUUUCUUUUAUUACUUUGUCUGCAGUUCUUGCAGUUUUCUUUUGUUCGUCUUACACCCAAUGCCAUUAUUUCUCCCGUUUUCCUUUAUUAAUUUGUCUGCGAUUCUUGCAGUUUUCUUUUGUUCGUCUGCCACCCAAAAUACCAUUAUUUCUCAUUUUCCUUCAAUACUUUGUCUGCAAAUUCUUGCAAUUUUCUUUAUUCAUCUACCACCCAAAAUACCAUUAUUUCUCCUUUCUUUAUUACUUUGUCUGCAGUUCUUGCAAUUUUCUUUUACAACAUCUGCCACCCAAAUACCAUUUCUCCCUCUUUCACUUUAUUACUUUGUCUGCAGUUCUUACAGUUUUCUUUUUCAUCUGCCACCCAAAAUACCAUUACUUCUCCUUUCCUUUGUUUUGUCUGCGAGUUCUUUGCAAUUUUCUUUGUUCGUCUGCCACCCAAAAUACCAUUCUACUUUCCUCGCUUUCUGCUUUAUUACUUUGUCUGCGAAAAUUCUCUCCUUUUUCUUUGUUCUUGCAGUUCUGCCACCCAAAAAAUACAAUACUCCUCGCUUUCCUUUAUUACUUUGUCUGCGAGUUCUUGCAAUUUUCUUUGUUCGUCUGCCAAAAAAAAACCAUUACUUCUCGCUUUUCUUUAUUACUUUGUCUGCGAUUUCUUUGCAGUUUUCUUUUUUCGUCUGCCACCCAAAAUACCAUUAUUCUCGCUUUCCUUUAUUACUUUGUCUGCGAAAUUCUUGCAAUUUCUUUGUUCGUCUGCCACCAAAAAUGCCAUUACUUCCUCGCUUUCCUUUAUUACUUUGUCUGCGAGUUCUUGCAGUUUUUCUUUGUUCGUCUGCCACUAAAAAGCCAUUACUCCUCGCUUUCCAGCUGUUACUUUGUCUGCAGUUCUUGCAGUUUCUUCGUCAUCUGCCACAAAAUGCCAUUGUUCUUACAGUUUUCUUUGUUCGUCCUGCCCACCCAAAUACCAUUAUUCUCAUUUUCCUUUAUUACUUUGUCUGCAGUUCUUGCAUUUUUUCUUUAUUUCUGCCACCAAAUACCAUUACUCUCGCUUUCCUUUAUUACUUUGUCUGCAUUCUUGCAAUUUUCUUUGUUCGUCUACCACCCAAAUACCAUUAUUUCUCGCUUUCCUUUAUUUCUUUGUCUGCAGAAAUUCUUGCAAUUUUCUUUUUUUUCGUCUGCCACCCAAAAUACCAUUACUCCUCGCUUUCACUUUAUUACUUUGUCUGCAAGUUCUUGCAAUUUUUCUUUGUUCGUCUGCCAAAAUACCAUUAUUUCUCGCUUUCCUUUGAUACUUUUGUGUGUGCAGUUCUUGCAGUUUUCUUUUGUUCGUCCUCCACCAAAUACCAUUAUUUCUCUUUUCCUUAUUUCUUUGUCCUGCAGUUCUUGCAAUUUUCUUUUUCGUCUGCCACCCAAAAAUGCCAUUAUUUCUCGCUUUCCUUUAUUACUUUGUCUGCGAGUUCUUGCAGUUUUCUUUGUUCGUCUGCCACCCAAAAAUGCCAUUACUCCCCUCGCUUUCCUUUAUUACUUUGUCUGCAAUUUCUUGCAGUUUUCUUUUUCAUCUGCCACCCAAAAUGCCAGCUUCUCCUCUCUUUCCUUUAUUACUUUGUCUGCAGAGUUCUUGCAAUUUUCUUUUUUCAUCUGCCACCCAAAAUACCAUUACUUCUCAUUUCCUUUAUUACUUUGUCUGCAGUCUUGCAGUUCUUGCACCCAAAUUUUCUUUCAUUUAUUGUCUGCUCUACCCAAAAAUGCAUUAUUUCUCCUUUCCUUUAUUACUUUGUCUGCAGUUCUUGCAAUUUUCUUUGUUCGUCUGCCACCCAAAAUACCAUUCUCCUCCCUUUCCUUUAUUACUUUGUCUGCAUUCUUGCAAUUUUUCUUUCCAUUCGUCUGCCACCAAAAUGCCAUUACUCCUCGCUUUCCUUUAUUACUUUGUCUCUGA